GAACUAGAAUCGUACUCUUUAAACAAAAAAGGAAAAGAACUUAGAAUACAAUGUGUUGUUCAGAGCUUGAAUAUGACAGCAACGGCAAGCUCACAAUUAACUUCGACUAUGGGCACUCUGCAGCUGUGUGUUACCUUUCAGCAUUUGCCUCGGAUACCAGAGAAGUACACUUCAAUAUUACGUUUCCAAACCCGGGCUACAACGACUCUGAUCUUGCGAGAGUCACAGAGGAAAUUGAAGAUGUCGUCAACGUCAUCGACAAUGAAUUCACAAACGUGUCCCAAUUCGAAGCAACCUUCUUUCUGAAUAGACUCGAUGUCAAUCAGCUUUCGAGCGCUCGUGCUUUUCAAAGACUUCGUCUUAGCGGAUGCCAAUUAACUUACUUUGUCGAAAACGAGUGGCAAGAUACGGUUGACGUAGAUUCGAACUGGCUUGCAGACCUUGAAAGUCUAUAUGGUGAAGCAAAUUACAGCAAUUAUUAUCCUAGCGAUAGCGAUGAAGGUGGGGAGAUAUGGACCGCCUCGGACUCGGACUAGAAGUCUGGAACUACGGGUCAAUAAUGCGUAGGUUACUUGAUUGUUAACCUCAUUCUUGAUAUAUAGCCAGCAGAUUAAAGGGAAGUAUCAAAGGGCUACUUAAAUGUAAUAAUACAAUAUUCCCUGGAACACA